AAUUACUUCAGGCACACUAUCGCGAGGUGUAACGCAAGUCUCAUCCAGUCAUCCGGUCCACAGCAGUCAUCAUGGGGGACGCAAUAGAGAGCCAGCCUACGCUCAACGAUCUUGCCGCCAAGAUCAGCGAGCUGUCACAGACUUUUACAAAGUUCAUGGACAAGAACAAGAUCGCAGCGCCCACAUUUGCUGCUGAUAGCCCAACAAGCUACACUGGGCUAGAUGCCGAGGCUUUUGUCCUCAAGGGCCAGCUCCUCGAUGCUCUGUCGGAUAUGUGGAUCCUCGCCCAGGGUCCCAGCGAGAGCAUCUUCAAUUACUGCCACAGCGCCAUGCCUGACGCAAGCUGUCUGAGCGUUCUUAACCAUUUUGACUUCUGGGCCGCAGUGCCAGUGGACCGGUCUGCCUCAUACUCAGAGAUAUCCAAGAAGGUUGAGCUGCCAGAGGAUGUGGUCCGCAGAGUGAUUGAGCACGCCACAACACUACGCAUCUUCGCUGAGACCGUUCCGGGCUCCCCCACCACACGAAUCGUCCAUACGUCGCGGUCCGCGGCACUAGCAAAGUCCCCCGGUCUCAAGGCUCUUGUGUCUACACUCCUCGACGAUGCCGGUGCCCCUUCCAUGGUGCUCAGCCAAGCGCUGGAGAAGUACACCAAGGGUAGACCGCAGCUGACAGAGAAGAUGAGCGAGACAUCCUUCGCCAUGCUUCACAAAGGCGAAUACGCCAACUCGUGGGACUACAUUGAAAACGAUGGUGAGGGAGAGCAGAAAGGAUGGCGGCAGCGGAACUUUGUCACGUUCAUGAGCUACCUCAAGGACAUGUUUCACUUGGAGAAUCUCGUGGCGGAUUCUGUGGACUGGACAUCCUUUGGAGAGGCUCAUGUGGUUGAUAUCGGAGGCUCAGCUGGUCACGACUCCUUUGUUCUGGCGCGCAAAUUCCCCCAGCUCAGCUUCACAGUUCAGGACCUGCCUCAGGUAGCUCCCGUCUUUGACAAGAUGCUCCCUGAAGAUCUCAAGUCGCGUGUCUCGUUCUCCAAGCACGACAUGUUCCAGCCGCAGCCGGUGCACGGCGCCGACAUUUACAUGCUCAAGCUCAUCAUGCACGACUACCCUGACUCGGAGGCCAUCAAGAUUAUCCGCAGCCAGAUCCCCGCGAUGAAGCGCGGCAGCAAGCUGCUUAUCAUCGAGUAUAUCAAAGUCGAGGCGAGCGAGGACGCCGAGGGCAAGACUGCCAGCUCAUCAGAGGCCAGUAAGCCGGCCGAGGCUGUCCCGCGCACGAUCAAGAACUAUGGCACUGCGACGGAUCUGCGGAUGAUGACGCUGUUCAAUGCCAAGGAGAGGGUGCCUGCGGAGUAUCCCAAGCUCGUGAAGGCUGCGGACGAGCGCUUCGAGGUAACCAAGGUGAUAGCCAACCCGAUGACCUUUUUCGUGGUGGUAGAGGCCGAGUGGAGAGGUUAGAGUCUCAUCUCUGCAACUUCACAACUGUGGAGGCCGCACGAGCGUAUAGAUUAAACGGGGGAAAAUGCGCUACGUGGUGUGGUUCAUAGCCAUGAGAGGAUUUCCACUUCACGCGUGAAGUUUCGAUAACGUAGUAGCAUAAUACACCUGCGACCUAAGAAGGAACUGUUCAUUGUGUUGAACGACAGAACAGGGUCUCCGACACGUGCUGAUGCGAAGGGCUCAGGCCACCCCCUACCCCUGUCACACAGACCCAGCCUUUAAGCACGCACACAUACGGGCAAGAGCGGCAGCAAAGGUGCUGGAUUGGACUCCUUUGAGGUAGCACGCCAGCCU